AUGGCUAAGGUUGUCGUUUUGGGCUCUGGGGCCAGAGAACAUGCCUUGGCCUAUGCCUUUGACAGGAGUGCCAAGGUGGAAAGUGUGGUUAUCAUACCGGGCAACUCUUGCAAGUACUCGGUGGGAUCAGCUGGUAGGUUUGAGUUGAUCAAGUUCAGAGUAAAGUUAAUAUGAAAUAUAAUGUUUCUCAAUAGGUUUUUUCAUAUUUAUAUCUUUUAGUUGACGUAAACAACGUAGAAAGCGUCAGAAAGUACUGUAAAGACAACGAAGUAGAUCUUAUCGUUAUUGGCCCAGAGAAACAGAUCUGUGAAGGAUGGGAAGACCAACUGAUAAGUGAUGUUAAGGUACUGGCUCCAUCGAAGAAAGCUUCUCAACUGGAAGCUUCAAAGAGUUUUGCCAAAGAUUUUAUGAUACGGCAUGGCAUUCCUACCGCAAGAUAUGUCACGGUAUCAGCAGCUGAUAACUUAUCAAGCGCAUUCUCUAAAUUGUAGGUUUAGUAUAAUAUUUUUGGUUUUAUUUAUUUGAUUAUCGUUUACAUUUUUAAUUAUAGGCUUGAAAAUCAUUUUAGUUCAAUAUUUUAAUCUGUAUUUUUUGCGAAUUUUCUUUUUGAAUGAGCUUGCUUUUGUUACUAUGAAACAAAAAAGUUUUGGAGCAGAGGGCAUGUUUAAUCGUAUAACUUUGACUUGCGGGCUGCAGCGCUCUUUGGAAGCACUUAUUUCUUUCAAAUUUUUGUAAAAUUUUGUAUAGAAAAUAUAUUUUUCAAUAAAAAUAUUAUAUGCUAACCAAAAUAAACUAUUUUUGACUUAAUUUUAUAUAUAUUAUCAUCAUAUAACACUUUUUAAUUGGGAAUAUCAUACUUUAGAUCAGAUUGGAAAGGCUACGUGAUAAAAGAGGACGGUUUGUGUGCUGGAAAAGGUGUUACAAUCUGCAAAUCGGUUGACUAUGCUUCUCAAACCCUGUCUGAAAUCUUCAGUGUUCAACCAAAAGCUACAGUAGUUCUGGAAGAGUUUCUAGAAGGCUACGAAGUGUCAGCGUUGUGUUUCUCAGAUGGAAAAGAGUUCAGGCUACUGCCGUUCAGUCAAGAUCACAAAGCAGUUGGAGAAGAUGAUACUGGACCUAAUACUGGAGGUAUGGGAGCAGUAGCACCAUUGGUACUAGAUGUUGAUGUAGAAGAGAAUAUCAGGAAGAUCAUUGGCAAAACUGUUGAUGGAAUGGCGAAGGAUGGAUGUGUUUAUAAAGGUAUGAGAUUGUGUUUGGAGUUUAUAAUUUAAAAAAAAAUAAUUUAUAAGCUUAAUUAUUACUUAUAUUGUUGUAGGUAUUCUGUACGCUGGUUUGAUGAUCACGUCAUCAGGACCAAAAGUACUCGAAUAUAAUUGUCGUUUUGGUGAUCCUGAAACCCAAGUAAGUUGAUAUUUUGAUUUUUCGACUGAUUUAAUCGACAUAAGUAAUUUGUUCAAUCGAUAACUUUAGGUUUUACUUCGACUUCUUGAAUCCGACUUGUACGAUGUAGCUGUAGCUACAUGUGAAGGCCGUUUGAACGAAAUCAAUUUACAAUUUUCUACUAAAAAAGCAGCAGCUGUUGUUGUGGCUUCUAAAGGAUACCCAGGCUCUUUUGUAAAAUAUGUCAACAUCAACCUACCUCAAGAUUCAGAAGACAUCGUGCUCUUCCACGCCGGAAUGAAGAAGGAUUCAGAAGGCUACAAGAGUUCUGGAGGCAGAGUCUUGACUGUCAGUGUUACUGAUAAUUCAUUCUUUGAUGCGUUACGAAGAUGCUACGAGCACGUGGAGAAGAUCGGAUUUAGUAAUGGAUUCUGGAGACGAGACAUUGGUCACCAUGUAGUCAAACCAAAGGCUAUCGACUACUCUGACAGUGGUGUGGACAUUAGUGAGGGGAAUCGACUGGUCGACGAGAUUAAAGGUUCUUGUGCGGCAACAAAGAUUCCUGGAACUGAUACGGUAUGUUUUAAUACACAUUUGUAUUUUGUAUGCAUAUUGAAAAUCAAAGAGAUCUUUUUUGUAAAAUUAACGUUAAAUGGGUCGGUUUACUAAAGAGGGGGGGGGGUCAAUUGGGGUUUCUAGAAGCAAUACCUAAUAUAAACACGGCAGUUUAUACACGAGCGAGCACUAGAAAUAUACACAAUACAAUACUAAAAUCGGCGCUGAUGCAAGGGGGGGAGGGAAGGAAAGGGGAUCGAUAGAGCUGGGGACAUCCUGGAAGGUUCGAAGCGGCCAGUUUAUAUACUGUUGCCUGGGGGCGGUUCUUGGCUCUGAAAGUGAUAGGUAAUUAGUAAUUAUCACUGUAUGCUGUUUGCUGCGCUCUCGAUCUAAAAUGAUCCCCCCGAGAGCCGCUUCAUAAUCAUGCUUUAGGCGCAAUGAGUCAUGGUUUGGCCAGCGGCCAAGGCGCUUUAGAGGUGAAAAGUCUUCUUAACUCACUUUAAUUAUACGGUAGCGCUAUGCUUUGCUCUCUUACCUUCGCUUACAUUCUACCUGGAAUGUUACUGUAUUUUACAAUAUAAGUCCAUUUAAAAAUCUUCAGAUUGGUGGAUUCGGAGCCAUCGUGAACCUGGAAGAACUUGGUUACCGUAACCCAUCUCUAGUCAUUGGAAUGGACGGAGUAGGGACUAAACUUGAGAUAGCUGACCAGGCCAACAAAUUAGAUGGACUAGGCUACGAUCUGGUGGGGAUGUGUGUGAAUGACGUUAUCUGUCACGGUGCCAAACCCGUAGCCUUCCUGGAUUACUAUGUUACAGGCAAACUGAACCGAGCCAACGCUGUUACUGUAGUCAAGUCAAUAGCCAGUGCCUGUUUGGAGAGCGGGUGUGCUUUGGUGGGGGGAGAGACUGCCGAGAUGCCGGGAGUGUACCAGAAGGACCAGUGGGACUUGGCUGGGUGUUGUGUUGGAGUCAAAGAGAGAAGUGCUCCUACGCUACCUCUUUUUGACCAGUAAGUUCAGUCUAAUAGUCUUGUUUAAAAGUGUCAGUAAAAACAUUGUUGGAGUAUUAUGCUAUUUGUAUUACUGUAGUUUAAAGAUCUGUGUAUACGAAACAUUUUUAGAAUGAAAGAAGGCGAUGUUAUCAUUGGUGUCGAAUCCAACGGUGUUCACAGUAACGGUUUCAGUUUGAUACGAAAGAUUUUGAAACAGAACGGUCUUACUGUAGCCUCGAGGUGUCCUUGGGAUGAAACGAAAACUUUUGGUAAGAUAAAUAGAGAAAAUAGUAUAAACACAUACUUUUUAUUACAUACGGUGUUGUAUUGAUGUAUGGUCUUAAAUUCUAGGUGAUGAGCUUCUGAAACCAACAAAAUUAUAUGCCAAAGCGUUGUUGGAGUUGAUUAAUCAGAAUUUGGUCAAAGGAGCAGCUCACAUUACUGGAGGCGGUCUUCAGGAGAACGUGCCGAGAGUUCUACCGAAACAUUUGGCUGCUCAAAUUGUAAGAGAAAAAAGUUAUAUUAUACAUACGUUAAGUUAUAUUAUACAUACGUUAAAACUUUUUUACGAUACUAUGUAAAAAUACGACGUUACAGUACAAAAAUUUACAAAAUCAUUUUAGGACUGCUCGGCCUACCCAAUGCCAUCCGUCUUCUCUUGGCUACAACAAAAUGGACCGGUCGAACCGAAAGAAAUGUUCAGGACCUUUAAUUGUGGCAUCGGAAUGACAUUAGUGGUGGCUUCAGAAGUGAAGGAACAAGUUUUGAAGACCCUCAACGGUCUCAACACGAAACAUUGGGAAAUUGGGAGAUUGGCCAAGAGAACAGAGGAUUCUGUAGUCCUGGAAGGCUUCAGAAGCGUGUUCCCCAACUUUGAUCUUGACUAUCUGAAGAGGAAACGUGUCAACGUUGGGAUUCUUAUUUCUGGCACUGGUACGAUAGUUUUUUGUUUUUUUUAUGAACUUUGACUAUACAAUAUUUUUAUUGAUAGAUCUUAAGCAAAAAAUACUGUAACAAUGGGAAUAUAUUAACUUACAGGAAGCAAUAUGGUCAAGUUGAUAGAACAAAGCAGAUCAUCUGGCAGUAAUUGUUAUGUCAGCGUCGUCGUGUCAAACAAAGAAAACGCUUUAGGGCUUCAGAAGGCCAGACGAAUGGGAGUCGAUACUUUAGUCAUACCACACGGUACCGAUAGAGCUGAAUUUGAACGAAAAGUCACUAAAGUAAGUUAUUAUACUAACGAAUAGCAGGCUGCAAAAACCAAGUUAUACGACGAAAUUUUCCCUAUUUAAAAGUACUAUUUACUUCUAAAACUUGAUAUCUUGACAUUCCAGGAGCUAAAAUCCCGCGGAGUUGAGCUGAUCUGCCUGGCUGGUUUUAUGAGAAUCUUGACUUCUGAAUUCCUGAAUGCCUGGCCCAAUCGUAUUAUCAACCUACACCCUUCAUUACUUCCAUCCUUCAAAGGUGCUCAUGCUGUUGAAUUGGCAUUAGCAGCCGGAGUGAAGUUCACAGGAUGUUCGGCACACUAUGUUGUCGAAGAUGUUGAUGCUGGGAAGAUUCUGGAGCAAUCUGUAGUCACAAUCAAGCCUCACGAUGACAAAGAAUCGCUUCACAAGAAGAUUCAGGAGAAAGAAUACGAAAUGUAUCCAAAAGUAAUGGAAGCUGUGGCAUUAGAGAUGCUGAAACGUUAA